UCUAUCUAUCUAUCUAUCUAUCUAUCUAUCUAUCUAUCUAUCUAUCUAUGUCCCUUCCCUCCAAACCCGUAUAGUAUCCUCGUUUGUAACAGGGGGACAACUGUUUGGUUUUGGCCCUCUGACGUCACACCCAUUCCCACAAUGCCAUAGUAACACGACUGCGCACUCGCGCUCGUGGACGCGCACCAGCAGAGACAGCCCAUCACACACAGAGAGCGAACAUGGCGGGCGCCUCCGACCCUCUGGAAGACAUGCUCUUCUCCGAGGUGGACGAGAAAGCCGUGAGCGAUCUGGUGGGCUCGCUGGAGUCUCAGCUGGUGGGCGAGAGCGAGCCGCCCGCCGCGCGCCAGAGCAGCGCGAAGCAGCAGCAGCAGCAGCAGCAGACAGGAGGAACCGCGCAGCUGCCCGCUCCUGUAGACUCUCCAUCAGAACCACAACAACAAGCGCAGCAGCAGAACGCGCGGAAAGCGGCGCGCAACCCGGAUCCUGACCCGAAAGACGCCAGCAUGGACAAGCACGCCAAAGCCCUGGAGAAGGAGAGCCCCCUGAAGACGCACGGCGGCAGCAUCAUCAUCAUCACCACGGCGGCGGCGGCGGCGGCAGCAUCCGACGCUCCUGCACCGGGCAACAAAGGUGAGAGCCCGAGGGACACCCGCAAGAAACACCCGGGGAAUACGCGCACGCUGCGCUCCGCGGCGUCCCACAGUCUGAACGGCAACGGAGGCGGCGCGGCGUCGGCGUCGGCAUCAUCCCCCAGCACCUCCGGCACGACUUUCACCGUGUCCAGCAACCCGCAGGCGAUCGCGCUGGACCGCGGGACGCCCACCAUCGCGCUGCACCGGCUCCCGCGUCACAUCAUCGCCAGCAUCGCGCAGAACGGGAACGGCACGUCGGUGUCCGCGCUGGUCCAGCAGGGCGCGCGGAUCAACCACAGCAAAACACCCGCGGACGGCAACGCGAAGCCAGCGGCGGCCAGCCCGGUCACGGCGGCGCCUGUCAAAGCCGCUGUCAGCGCGGCCGCGGUCAUCAGACCUGCGCAGACCCCGACGCAGGCGGCUGCGCAGCAGAGGGUCGUAACGCCGCAGCUGAUCGUCAGACCGCCGCAGCAGCAAACCACUAUACAGCUGCCUCCCGGCUUCACCAUCCCACCAGGUAUGGUGCUGGUCCGGACAGAGAUGGGUCAGCUGGUGAUGGUUCCUCAGCAGGCUCUGGCUCAAGCUCAAGCUCAGAACAGCAUCUCUCCUCGGCCCUCCACGCCCACCAGCGUGGCCACGUUCAGGGUCACGACCCCACAGUCUCCUGUUAGCGCUCAGGCGAUUCGUCCUGCUCCAGCCGCUCAAACUAAACUGGUCCAGUCUAGUUCACCGAGCUCCACGGCCCAGACCAGCAGCUCAACCUGCCCCGCUAAGGCCCCCGUGGCAGCCGCCGUGGCAGUGACAGCUCCCCAGCAGGUCCAGCCGGCCUUGGGCCCCCAGGGGCCCCUCACUCAGAUGCCACUGGCCCCGCAGAGCGCAGCCGCCCCGGCCCCCGGAGGUCCGGUCGUCUCCCAGGAGAUGCAGGAGAACGUGAAGAAGUGCAAGAACUUCUUGGCGACGUUGAUCAAGCUGGCGUCCCAUAACUCCCCGUCCCCGGAGACGUCUCGAAACGUCAAAGCGCUGGUGCAGGAUUUACUGGACGCCAAGAUCGAUCCGGAGGAGUUCACCAGCCGCCUGCAGUCGGAGCUGAAGUCGUCUCCUCAGCCGUACCUGGUCCCUUUCCUGAAGAAAAGUCUCCCCGCGUUGCGUCUGUCUCUUCUGAACAGCCAGCAGUCUCUCACUCAGCCUCUGCAGCCCAACAAGACGAGCGUGACGCCGGUCCAGACGCCGGUCAGUGUGCGUCCGCACCAGCCCAACAGCACCACCGUACUGCCACAAGGUAUCAAGAGGGCAGUGGGGCCUGGAAGUCAGAUACGGAUGCCUGUGGUUAUAACGCAGACGGUGCGAGCGACGGGUGCUUUAGGGAAGCCCUCGGCGAUCCAGACGGGCAAAAGCCCCGCGGGCGUAACCAUCCAGCUCUCAGGAAACCAGAAAAACAAGCUGAAUGACCCGGGAGGAGGCUCGUUCAGAGACGACGACGACAUCAACGAUGUUGCGUCUAUGGCCGGUGUGAACCUCAACGAGGAGAGCGCGCGCAUUCUAGCGACCAACUCCGAUCUGGUGGGAACGCAGAUCCGCUCGUGUAAAGACGAGGCCUUCCUCCCCGCGGGCCUGUUGCACCGGCGUAUUCUGGAAACAGCGAAGAGGUUUGGAGUGACGGACGUACCGCUGGAGGCUGUGAACUUCAUCUCUCACGCCACCCAGUCCAGAUUACGAACAGUGCUGGAGAAAGUCUCCUCCAUCGCCCAGCAUCGUAUGGACUCGUGUAAGGAAGACGAGUGGUACGAGCAGUCGUCUGAUGUGCGCUCACAGCUCAAGUUUUUUGAGCAGCUGGAACGGAUGGAAAAGCAGAGGAAAGAUGAGCGAGAACGAGAGAUUCUCCUCAGAGCGGCGAAGAGUCGCUCGCGGCAAGAAGAUCCAGAACAAGCCCGUCUGAAGCAGAAAGCAAAGGAGAUGCAGCAGCAGGAACUCGCCCAAAUGAGACAACGAGACGCUAACCUGACGGCGCUCGCCGCCAUCGGCCCUCGGAAAAAACGCAAAGUGGACUCGCCAGGAGCAACCACGACAGGCACUGAGGUGUCGGGGAGUUCGGCAGGUUCUCCGGGCGGAUCGUCGGCCCCGUCCAGCUCGUCACGGCAGUACAACCGCCAGAGAAUAACACGCGUCAACCUCAGGGACUUCAUCUUCUACAUGGAGCAGGAGAGAGAGACCAGCAGAUCUCUCCUGCUGUACCGCGCUCUCCUGAAGUAGCCGACUCUCCACGCCACAGAGGAAUCAGCAGCCAAACCCCGAGCAGACGUUCACCCCAACGACCGACUUCCUUCUCAGCCCUGCGACGUGCCUUCAGCCCCGUGUCCGUGACCUCGUGAUGUCAGCGUUGCUUUUGAUAGAAAAGCUUUGAAAAAAAGAGAAGAAAAAAAAAAAAAUGAAGAUGUGCUUCACGUUUCCUGUUUUCUCCUCAGCGUUGUUAGGUAAACUGUAUUUAUGAUAGUGGAUUUUAACGCUUGUUUCUCCGGCUUCGAGCCAAGGAGCGUUUUUCGUUUGUUCGUGAACGAAUGAAUCUGACUGCGAUUAUGGCUUUCUUCAUCAGUGUUCUCCAGUAAAAACAAAACGUACAUGAAGUGUAAGUUAAACAUAUCGAUCGAAUUCACGGCCUUGUUUUGGUUUCAUUGGGAUUGCGAUUGGGUUUGUACGGAAACUAGGGAAAUAAUUAUCACCAUUUAUUAAAACGAGGGAACAAAUAAGUAGACCGUACAAAAUAAAUCCUUAAAAUGAGAGAAAACGUACUGGCAGCUCGUUACACAGGACGUUAGACGUUCAUUUUGUGGAUUUCUGUUAACUCUAAAACUAGAAAUACUGGUAAAAUAUACGGUAUAUUGCGCCCUGUUUUUACAGAUUUAGUUUUUUGGAGUGUAUAAUGUGGCUUAAAUCAACUAAAACGAGGGAACUAGUUGGUGCCAAUUGGCAACAUUUACUUAAACAAGGAAAUAAAUGAGCACGAAAUUUGCCGCAAUUUAGAAAACGAGGAAAUUGGUAAGAAUUCGCAACGAUUUGUUAAAACAAGUGAAUAAAUUAACACAGAUUUGCCACAAUUUUCUGAAACCAUGGAACGAAUUCAUCCACGUUUGCCGUGAUUUACUAAAACAGGGAAAUGAAUGAGUGAACAACUACUGAGAAUUAAUUUAAUUUACAAAUUUGUCGCAAUUUGCUAAAACGAGGGAACAAAUUAAUACACGUUUGCCACAGUUUACUAAAAUAAGGGAAGAAAUUGGUAUAGAUUGUCAUCGAAAGCAGUCAAAUGUUCCAAAAUUUACCAAAAAGGAUGAAAUAAAUUAGUAGAAAUGUGGCACGGUGAUCAAGGGAGUGAAUUAGUGUAGAUGUAAAACAAACUUGCAUGGUUUUAGUGAAAAAAAAAAAAAACUAGUUUGCACAAAUUUGCCUUGAUUUAUUAAAACAAUGGAAAAAACCUUUUUUCCAAUUUGCUACGAUUUACUGAAACGAGGGAACAAACUAGGACAAAUUACCCCCGGUUUACUAAAACCAACAAAUUACUACAGAUUUGCCACGAUUUACUAAAAUAAGGGAAGAAAGUGGCAUUAAUUGGCAAUGAUUUACUGAAAUGAUGGUUUUGUACGAAUGCGCCACUGUUUACUAAAACGAUGGAAUGAAUUCAUACAAAUUUGCCAUGAUUUACUAAAAAAAGAAAAUGAAUUAUGCCAAAAACUGGCUAAAAUAAGGGAAGAAAUUGACAUAAAUUGGCAAUGAUUUGCCGAAAUGAUAAAACGAGUCCAAUUUGCCCUGAAUUAAAAGAGUAGAAAUUCCGCUCAAUUUGUUUAUUUAAAAAUAAUCUUCACCACAUUUGAUUUAUUUGGGCUUUUAAAAAGAAUAUGAAAAUAUUUGAUGCUUUUUUGCUUUUUCCGUAUAAUAUUUUUGACUUCUAAUUCUGAUGAAGUGAGUGUUUUUCGCAGUGCAGAUGUCGUUCUGGUGUAUAUUCAACACGGAGCGCUUACAGUGACGAUCUUUGAGACGAAACGCCUUGAAGUGACCUGUGUACUUUCUGUUAAAGAAUCGUUCUUUAAACCUUAUGCAGACUUUCCCGAACAUGAUCAUCUUCGUCAUCAUCAUCACCAUCAUCAUCAUCACCAUCAUCAGUGUCCAGCCAAUCACAGUAUUUAAAACCCCGUAAAAAGUUGACUAAAAACUCUUUUUAUCAGCAAGAACUCAAUGUAAAUAGACUUUUUGAUGAGUAUGGUUUUUAAUAGCAUGUAUAAAUGAUUUCCAGAUGAAAAUAACGUUUUAAACCGCUUUUAAAUCGAUCAUGAAGCUUGUGUCCGUCAUUGUGAUUCGUGCAGCUUUACCACGUGUCCACGAGGAGCACGGAUCCCGUGUUUCCCAGAAUCAGGCCAGCAGAUCUGAGCUAUAGCAAUACAACCGCUCCAACGCAUCGCCUCGAACGUUAAAAACCACGCUUGACGCUUCUCCCAAUCGGUUCAAUCAGAAAAGGCCAGACUUUCCCAACCGGUCCCAACACUUGCUCGUUCCAGAAUGCAAAGGCGAGCGUUUUAAUUUCGGAUAGCAAUCGAUCGCAUUAAAGGAAUGGUUCGCCCCAAUCGUUGGUCACCAUUGACUUCCAUAGUAGGGAAAAAAAAUACUAUGGGAGUCAAUGGUGAGCCAAAACAUCCUGGUUAUAAACUUUCUUCGGAGUAUCUUCCUUUGUGUUCAUGCAACUCGAAAAUUCAACCGUGAAUAACAAAACAAUUCGAGAGCGAGUAAACGGCGGCGGAAGUAAAAUUUUUGGGUGAACUAUUCCUUUAACACUAGAAACAUGCAUUAAGUGUUUUUUUUAUUAUUUGGACUGUAAAACUGGAUUUCACUUCCCUCGUCUGUUUUAAUUCUACACUCAGUAUUAUCGGUUCUCCUACGGUAUUAAUCUUAUCGGCGUCGGUCCUUCAUUCAUCAUCCAUAAGCUCGAUUGUGAGGAAGAACUUGAAUCCCGUAAGCGUUUAUUUUGGCGAGGGUUCGCCGUACACGAUGUCAGGAGAGGUCAAGUUCCGCGACCUUUCUUCAUUCCGAGAUCCUCUCGCUCUUCUAUGCACCGUCAUGAAUCCCGUCGCUUUGCCGUUUUGUGUUUGCGUGUGAAACCGAACGUCUCGGCUUGGUUUCUCCGUCUGUGUCCGUCAAACUCUAAAAGGGAAACUUCGUUUUCUACCUAUUUCUAUUUUCUCAUGCACAUCCCCGACAGUCCCGUUCGAAACAAGCACAAAUGUAUUUGUUGGGUUGUUUAAACCGAUUUUAUUAAUCUUCUGUUUUCCGCUGGAGGCUCUUUCUAUGACUUACGCUUUGUAGCCAAAAUAUUAUUAGGACUCUCUUCAUAUUGUAUUACUGACGUGCACAGCUGGAAUUUAAUGUUUCGAUCUACGGAUGAUUUGUAUAUAUUGUUUACAAGACCUUGUGUUUAUUAGAACUAUCUUAUUUUUGGUAAAUUCUGUACAUAUCCUGAAAUAUUUCUGUUUGUGUGAACAUACUUCUGUAUUUGUACCUAUUUUGUAAAGGAAUAAAUAAGCUGUUUACUAAA